ACAGCUGACUUUCAUAGAGCUCAAGGCCACUGGAACUGCACGCUUCUUCAAUUUCCUUCUCAACUCAACAGACUACCGAAUCUUGCUAAAGGAUGAAGAUCAUGACCGAAUGUAUGUGGGGAGCAAAGACUACAUCCUCUCACUAGACCUUCAUGAUAUCAAUCGGGAGCCCUUGAUUAUCCACUGGCCUGCAUCCCAGCAAAGGAUAGAUGAAUGUGUCCUGUCAGGGAAGAACAAUAAUGGUGAGUGUGGGAACUUCAUACGACUUAUCCAGCCCUGGAAUCGAACACACUUGUAUGUCUGUGGCACUGGCGCAUAUAAUCCUGUCUGCACCUUUGUCAACCGGGGUCGCAAAGCACAGGCUUUUGAGCUGAACCAGUCCAUCCAGCAGGGAGGACGGGGAAGUAGAGCAGUUGACUCCUCCCUCCACCCGUCUCCAGUGGAACGCAAGGAUUAUAUAUUCUACUUAGAGCCAGAGAAGUUGGAGUCAGGCAAAGGGAAAUGCUCAUAUGACCCGAAGGUGGACACAGUAUCAACAUUAAUAAAUGAAGACCUCUAUGCUGGUGUCUACAUUGACUUCAUGGGCACAGAUGCAGCCAUCUUCCGCACUUUGGGCAAGCAGACUGCCAUGAGAACUGACCAGUACAACUCUCGUUGGCUCAAUGAUCCAGCAUUUGUCCAUGCAAAGCUCAUCCCAGACAGUGCUGAGAAAAAUGAUGACAAACUAUAUUUUUUCUUCCGAGAAAAAUCCACCGAUUCUCCACAGAGCUCAGUUGUCUACUCCCGCAUUGGACGCAUUUGCUUGAAUGACGAUGGAGGCCAUUGCUGCCUAGUAAAUAAAUGGAGCACAUUCCUAAAGGCACGACUCAUCUGUUCUGUCCCGGGGCCGGAUGGAAUUGAAACACACUUCGAUGAACUCCAGGAUGUCUUCAUCCAGCAGACCCAGGAUGUGAAGAAUCCCAUUAUUUAUGCUGUUUUUGCAGCCUCUGGGUCUGUGUUUAAGGGUUCUGCCGUGUGUGUCUACUCCAUGGCUGACAUCCGCAUGGUCUUCAAUGGACCGUUUGCCCACAAGGAAGGUCCCAACUAUCAGUGGAUGCCUUACACUGGCAAAAUGCCUUAUCCCCGUCCAGGCACCUGUCCCGGGGGAACAUUUACACCCUCAAUGAAAUCAACCAAGGACUAUCCUGAUGAGGUGAUCAACUUCAUGCGCACUCAUCCAAUGAUGUACAAUGGUGUCUACCCCAUACACCGCCAACCUCUUGUGGUGAGAACCAACGUCAAGUACAAGUUCACAACUAUAGCUGUGGACCAGGUGGAUGCAGCUGAUGGACGCUAUGAGGUGCUUUUCCUGGGCACAGAUCGUGGGACUGUCCAGAAAGUCAUAGUUUUGCCCAAAGAUGAUUUGGAAACAGAAGAACUGAUGCUAGAAGAGGUUGAGGUGUUCAAGGUUCCAGCCCCAAUCAAGACUAUGACCAUCUCUUCCAAAAGGCAACAGCUCUAUGUAUCCUCAGCCAUUGGGCUAACACACCUGGCCCUUCACCGCUGUGAUGUGUACGGAGAAGCCUGUGCUGACUGCUGCUUGGCCAGAGAUCCCUACUGUGCCUGGGAUGGCAAGUCCUGUUCCCGCUAUUCUGCUUCUUCAAAGAGACGUAGCAGACGUCAAGAUGUCCGGCAUGGCAACCCUAUCCGUCAAUGCAGGGGUUACAAUUCCAACGCAAGCAAGAACUCAGUGGAGGCUGUUCAAUAUGGAGUGGAGGGAAGCACAGCCUUCCUUGAAUGCCAGCCUCGUUCCCCUCAAGCCACAAUCAAAUGGCUCCUGCAGAGAGACAACAGUGACCGAAGAAAAGAGCUCCGUACUGAAGGGCGGGUACUGAGGACAGAUCAAGGGUUGUUGUUGCGGUCCCUGCAGCUCUCAGACGGGGGCCUGUAUUCCUGCACAGCCACAGAGAACAACUUCAAGCACACCAUAGCCAAAGUGCAGCUGCAUGUACUGAGCCGUGACACUGUCCACGCUGUGCUCUUCCAAUCAGAAGGCCCUGUCCCCUCUGCAGCAGCCAUGAGAGCUGGCCUGCCGGGCACCUUCAGCUCUCAGUACCAUGACCUUGUCCAGCUGCUCACACAGCCUGAGAUGGGACUCAUCAAUCAGUAUUGCCAGGGGUAUUGGCGGCACGUGGCCUCCAAUCACAAGGAAACUUUGGCUGGGCUCAAAGCCAAGGAGAUGCAUGACCAGAAGAAGCCACGAAACCGCCGGAAUCACCAACCAGAGAUGGAUCAGCAUACAUGAGAGUGGCAGCUGAAAGGGACUAUGCAACGACAGUUCUAUAACUCCCCAUUUCCAUAUAUAUAUAUUUCUCAUAUAUAUAUGAGAAAUCUCACACCACCACACACUGUUCCCUAUCAAGACAGUAUUUAUUUGUAGGUUGUAUAUAAUCCCAUGGGUCUUGCCUGGGUGCGAGGUGGCAAAGAGCUCGGAAGCACACACACACACACACACACACACACACACACACACACACCGUGGCAGCUGGCUCUUCCUUCCCACAUUUAUCUGUGGUACUGUAAAAGAAUUGACAUCUUGGAGGGCAGAGAACAGAGCCAAAGCAACUCCUUCCUUUGCCUCGCACGUGUGGAUAGCUGACCCCAGUCAGGGAAGGAGAGUUUCAAGGAUGUCCGAUGGCAAAAUUACUGUUUCCUUAGCACCCUUUCCCCAUUAUGGCCAUAGCACAGUUGGGCACAAUGCUCUAUGGAUCCACAACAGUGGGCCAGUGACUUUUAAGGCUGGCCCAUCCUCAGCACAUUUGAGAUAUUGCUGUUACUAUAACUGAAACAAUUCCAUUUUUUUUAAGGCAGCUGUCAGGUAUCAAGCAUUGUCCCAGUCCUGCUCCCCUUGCUACUACACACCCACAGGUGUAUAUAAGCCCCUGCCAUACCUACAAAGCACUUUCUUCCUCUUCUAGACAUCUCUCUGACUCAAAGCACAUAUUGAUGGGACGCCUUCCAGGGAAACUUUCUAUGGAGACUGCAACUCUUAGGGAGCCUGAGCUAUUUGAGGAAGAAGGAAGUGCUCCGUCAAGGAUAUCCAUGUAUGACCCAUGCAAUGCUCUUCCUGCUACUGAAACUAAGCCAAUUCCACUAGGAGUUCAAAAAGGACUUUCUGAUUUGACAGUGCUUCAACUGGAGUGCCUUCCCACAGUGAAUGGGAUUUGGCCACUCAGGGCAGAGGCAGCUGGCUUGGUUGAAUAGUUUACCAUUGAUGGGACAGAAAGGCCAUAUCCAAAUGAGUUAUGCCUGGGAGACGUAAUGUACAUAUGAACCAAAGCUACUCUCCUGUAGUGCAAUGCAUCAGGCAUUUCCAAGACCAAAGACAGCAUGGCAAUAGAAGUAGGAGAGAGGAUAAAGGAUUGGUGCAUGGCCAUCGGAAUAGCUGAUUUCUGCUUUGCUAACCCUUGGUGGAAUCGGUGCCAACUUAAAUUCUAUAAUGUAUUCAUCUCAGAUUGCCUGUGAGGAGUUCAAAGCUUCACUAUGAUACUAGCAUCCCAUCGAGCAAAGCAAUAUGAACCAAGGAGAACUGUAACAGUCCGACCGAAAGUGUUCUAAUAGUCACCGAAGAAUUCUGUAGCAUCACAUGGCCAACCAUAAGAAAAAGACAGGCUGGUGAGAGCGUGAAAAGGGGAGAUUCAGGGAGAUCUGUUUGUCUUUCUCUCAAUUGUAA